UGUUGUCGUCGACCUUACAAAAUGCCCGAUAUAACAGCCAACGAUGGUAUUCAUGUUCACUACGAGACAUAUGGCUCCCCCAGUGCCGCUCCCUUGAUCUUGCUGCACGGCUUCACGGGUUCAGGCGCAGUCUUCAAGCGCAAUGUUGCCGCACUCGCAAAAGCUCACCAUGUCAUCAUCCCUGAUCUGCGCGGGCACGGCGACUCCGGUAAACCAAAAGCCGGCUACAAUGUGGCACGCCUAGCGAUGGAUCUGAAGAAUUUGAUCGAGUUCUUCGGUCUUCGCGACGGCACCAUCAAAGCCAUAGGCACGAGCCUAGGCGCAGCCAUCCUAUGGAGCUACAGCGAAUUGUUCACUACUGGCGCAUUCUCGCACAUGGUUUUCGUGGACCAAGCUCCACUACAGAACUAUCUUGAGGAUUGGGGUCCUGAUUUCGGCAAUCUGGGAUGCAACAAUCCAGAGGCCCUGAACACGAUGCAGAAGACACUGAUUGCCAACCCGAAGGAGGCGCAUCUCGGUACUAUCGCGGCGUGCUUGGGCUACAGAUCUCAUCCGCGACCCCGAGACCCUCCGUCGGAUUCGGCACAGUGGGAAGAUGACGAAGCGUUCUUCCUGGCUGAGGCUCUGAAAGGCGAUGGGUGGUGGUAUGGGAAGCUGAUGGCUGAUCAUACGGCGAACGAUUGGCGACAUCCAAUCGCUCAUGCUUUUGGGCCGGAGAGCGGUAGUGAAACAAAAGUUCUGGUAGUAGCAAGUAGCCGAAGUGGAUGUUUCCCGGCUGCAGGACCGCUCCAGGUGGUGGAGCUGGUGAAUGGAGGCGAAAAGGAAGGACUCGCGAAGGGAGUGACCGUGGAUUGGGGUGGUCAUUGGUGUUAUUGGGAGAAGCCGGAGAUGUUCAAUGCGCUUGUUCUUGAUUUCUUCUCGUGAGCGCAAUGUACGCUGUAAUGAUUUGAUGCUGCUGCGAAAGAGUAGUUCGUAUUAUUUGUCAUCUCGACGUGCAUACCUAGAGACCAUCUUUUCAUCGCCCAAGAGCGAGAGGGGUAUAACUUCCACGCAACGAGUUCUUUCGCGCGUCACAAGCUGCAGAGCGUAGCUUAUGAGUGGCCUAUGGGCAAAAAUAAGGCGAAAUCAUACAACAGUGGGGAUUCACGAGCAAUUAUCCACAGAACCACUUCUAACACGCCGGCAUCGUGCUUGUAUAUGGCUGAGCAGACAGGAAAGACCACUAUGUGGGGUUC